AUUGCUAACCCCCCCUGCUCUUUUUUAAGCUGCCCAGACACCUUUUUCCCAACCUUAAAAAAAGACCAAACAUAAAUCUUCUCUCUCUCUCUAGAUUUCCUCCUUUCUCUCUCUAAUCUCUCCCAUGGCGUCCACCCGUGAGGGUCACUACAGAGGAGUGCGAAAGCGACCAUGGGGCCGCUACGCCGCCGAGAUACGCGACCCGUGGAAGAAAACCCGGGUUUGGCUGGGCACUUUUGACACCCCCGAGGAAGCCGCCUUGGCCUACGACGGCGCCGCCAGGUCUCUCAGGGGAGUCAAGGCUAAGACCAAUUUCCCUCCUCCACCUUUCGUGGGGCCGCCGCCUGCUUUCCCGCUGGAUCUAAACCUUCCCGGCGAUCACGGCCUCCGCGGCUGCUGGCCUCCGCCGCCGGGCCGGCGCCUCAUGAUCGGAGAGUUUCUCCAGGCCGGGGUGCCGUUCAAGGAUAUGUGCAUGAACAUGAACGUCGCCGCUCCUUCUCCUCCGGAAGCGGUUGUUAGUGCGGCGUCUUCCUCCGCUCCUCCGGUACCGGACAACGGCGGCGCGGCGAACGUGUUUGCUAUUGUCAGACGUGGACUGCCGAUUGACUUAAACGAGCCGCCGCCGUUGUGGAUUUGAUCUUUGUUUAAGAUUUUCGUAUGCAUUACUCCGUAUUUCUUACUUGCCAUUUUUCAUCUUCUGGAGGGAGAUCGGAUAUUUUCUGAAUAUGGAUGUGAUUAUCAAGACUUUUCUGUAUAUAUUUUUAUUGCAAUGAAUGAUGACGAUGAUGACGAUUUUAAAUCAGGUUCUUUAAUCCUCUAGAUAUUCUCUUUUCUUUAAUUAACUGCCCCAUUUUCUCUAUUCAAUAAAGCGUACAGAUGUUUUUGGAGUACUUUAUACAAGACAAA